CGCACAUUUCUGAUGCGUCCCGGGCUGGGCCCAGUCCGUCUCCGCGCUUGUUCCAGUGUGGAGCCUGGUGGAGCCCCAGGUCACAUCAUGGGUCGCAAUAUCUUCGUGUUUGUGACAGCACCCCUCCUUCUCUGCGGCUUGGCUAAAGCAAUUUCAGAGGCCCCAUGCGAUGGAAUAUUUGAGUCUGUUAGUGGAAUUUACAGCAGGUGCGGUGCCCACAACUGGAUUUUCGUCGGUUCACAGUAUUACCACCGGACUCUCCUUAUUGCUAGAUCUGAAGAUGGUUGCGGCGAGCACUACACACUAAAAACCUACGUAAGGGAACCUGGCAUGGAUUUCACGCUGAACACCACGACGGAUGUGCCAUAUGGCACUGAACCUUUCGCCAUUCGACUGACGUGUCCUAUCGGCUUUGACGUGCGCAUUACCACACAGUCAAAUAGUGGAUGCAGUUUUAAUCCUUGCAAUUUGCGAAUAAGUGCAAAUUUCUUGUCAGAGAGAGUUCCUACCCAAUGGAAUGCAAAACAUUUACCUUCAAGUACCGAUGCUCCAGAUGCUGCUACUCAAAUCUGCAAUAAUGGUGGUUUUCGUGAAAAUAGUGCAACGGGAUCGUGCGCAUGUCCGCCAGGAUUCGGAGGUCCAACGUGCGAGGAUGCAUGUGGGUGGGACAAGUACGGAGACAACUGCGAGUUGGCAUGUACGGGGAAGCCCCAGGGCUGCAAGGGUGUGGCUUUCUGCCACAGCAAUUGCACGUGUGCAGCUGGUUUCAAAGGACCUACAUGCGAUCAAGUAUGUGGGCCGGGACUCUACGGCGCAAACUGUACUCAGACAUGUGGUCAAUGUAAAUACGGCGACGUUUGCGACCCUGUAACGGGCCACUGUCCCGAGGAUUGCCGGCCUGGCUACGUGCGCCCCUUCUGUCAGAAAUACAUUCCGCUUCGGCAUCUUGCCAACGCUCCGGAUAUCCAUGAGGUCGGCUCCACUACCGUCAAAGGUUCUUUCCCAACAACCAUUGACAGCACAAACGGACUCGGUAGUGUUGUUUUCUACCAACUGCAGUACAAGGACCAGAGUAAGCCAAACGGUGACUGGGUGCCGUCAACACUUGGGCGCCUGCCGGCUGAUUUUCUCGGAGCUGAGACGGCCCCUCAGAACUUCACGAUGCUCAACCUGCCACCUGACACCAGUCUGCUCGUGCGAGUGCUACUGCUAGACGAAGAAAUGCACGCGUUCAAUUUCCCGCCGGCUGUUGAAGUUCGCACGUCAGGACGGCGUCGAGUGGAGAAGCUUAAGGUGACCAACGUAUCAGCUCGCGGUGCUAACCUCACUUGGGAAUCUUAUGACUUCACCCAAGGAGACUACUUCUUUGUGCGUCAUGAGUGUUUGUCACUGGUUGCGUGUCCCGGUGCGUGCCCGCACCCAGACGGAAUCAUGAGCGUAGCAAGCCCUAGUGUUUCCCUGGAGAGACUUCUACCGGCUGCGAAGUACCGUGUGACAGUCGAAGCUGCCGACAACCAUAAGGAGGCUGUAACCUUCACCACCGGCUUCCUCCUACCGGACGCAAGCGUUUCGUCGCUUCGCGUCUCUGCCCGGACCAACAGCUCCGCCUUGGUGGAGUGGGGUCCCUCGGACCAGUGCGAGUGGGUGUUCGGUCCGACGGCGCAGUACGCCUGGAGUCUCCAGCCGCUGGGCAGCAAGGCGGGGACGGCCACGGCCGCCAACACGACGGCCACGUCCACGGUGCUGACGGGGCUGCAGCCCUUGGCCAACUACCAGUUCAGCGUCAACCUGUUCAACACGGAGGGGGAGAGUCCGGCCCGCCGCACCGCCACGCUCAACUUCAGCACGUACCAUACAGUCCCCGACCCGCCGCGCGACCUGACAGUGUACCGACUCAACCGCACCGCGGUGUGGCUGCGUUGGCGGGAGCCCUCCCGGCCCAGCGGCACGCUGCGCGCCUACAUCAUCGAAACCACGCCGGUCAAGGAAAAGGGAGACGCGUCCCGAGGCCCGCCCCGCCUGUUGCGCAGCGAACGCCUCCCCGUGGGCUCACACUGUGAAGCGUGGCCGGACCUGGUGUGCUACACUGUGAGUCGGCUGCGGCCGCGGUCCCGCUACACCAUCACGGUGAGCGCCGUCAACGAGCACGGCGACAAGCCCGGGGAGCCGUCCUCCGUGGAGGCCAGCACCGUCAAGGGCGUGUCGGAACCGCCUCAAGACUUCCGAGUUCUGUCACGUGACAAAACCUCUGCACUAGUGGCGUGGCGCAUGCCGAACAAGAUCAACGGGGACUUGACUUCAUUCGAGGUUGCCGUCGCGCGGCAAGUGCGCGCCGACGAGGAGAGCGCCGAGACCGACGUGCCGGACCCCGACCUGGAGCGCAUCCUCGUGACCAAGGAGCAGCCGCAGUACGAGUACCGCGUCGAGGGCCUGCAGCCCGGCGCCACCUACGCCGUCACGGUCAACUGCGGCCACGGCGGCCGGGUCGCGCACCUCGAGGUCACCACCGACGAGGAGGACGAGGCCGCCUAGACUCCCCAAAGGAUGCCUCACUGUGACAACUGGAUUGGAAGUUCACAAAGGCAUCGCUCACGAAAAAUAAGUUAUGUUCGAAAGGCGAGGGGGGAACAGCUUCCCACACUCAUUGUACAAAAUUUGACCACAUUCCACAUUCAGGUGGCAAAAGCGCCUGUAAGUAGGCAACAUGAGUGGCAAAAGCGCCAGAAAUCUUGCACAUUCACACAAUCAUUGUACACAAAAUCUUACGGUGGGUCACCCCUCGUAGAUUAUGUUUGCUGGAGUUGUAAAUUCGUGGAAAUCCUGUGUCCGAGUGGAUUCACGAUGGAUCUGCGGGAAUUGACGAAGGAUCCGUCGGGAACAUUUCUUCCAGAGGCAUACCUUUGAAAAUUCCGGAGGUUUAUUUUCACAGUGUCUGGCUGCUGCUCGGAGAUUUCGUAGCAUCGAACUACCGCAACCGUACGACUAUGUCGUGAGCUGUUCGCACAAGGACCUUAAUUUAUUGAUUAAUGAGACAUAAAUAUUCAAUCACGCAAUCUAAUUUAACCCCAACGCAACUGUAUUCAAUAAAAAUAAAAGUUGCGAUUUGUGCUCUGCAA